UUUUUUUUUAAAAGUAGGUAGGCUACCCAACUCCUGGAAAAUCCCCUUGUUUUCUUCCUGUUCUUGUUACCACUUGUUUUUCUACUUUGUAAAACUAUAGAUACAAACUAUACAUACAACUACUGCUACUGUACAUACAAACCCUAAAUGAUACCAUUUACAAACAAAAUAUGGUGUUCAAAGGCAGAUUCUUCAAUUCAAAAAAAUCAUCACCUUCUUCAGAUACUUCAUCUCCAGAAAGUUCUAAAUCCAAUAGUUCCAAAAGCUCCCCUAUAAAAUCCAAUAAUAAAAUCAGAAAACCUGAUCAAAGUCAAAUUCAAGUCAAAGAUGCUCAAACUCCAUCAAAAUCAGUUUCUCCUCAUACUUACAAAAAUAUCACCAAUUCGAGUACGGAAACGCUACAUGGAUCAUCGUCAUCAGGAGCAUCCGGAUCGGCUAAUUCGGUUCGAAAAGGUGCGGCGGAUAGUCCGGCGACGGUUUCGCCGAUACUAGCGUCGUCGUUAGGUUUGAAUAGGAUUAAGACGAGAUCCGGACCGUUGCCGCAGGAGAGUUUUUUCGGAUUUAAUCGUGAAAAUAGUAAAGGUAAAAAUGGAAGUAAAAUGUGUGCAAUUGGUGCUAGUAAUUUAUCGAAGUCGAAAACGAGUGAUAAGAAGACGAUUAGUGGUUCGGAUAAUGAUCAUUUGUCUAGUGAAAGCUUAAGGGAUCAUACUACUCCUAAUGUAGUAGGACGAUCGAGAUUACAUAAUGCGGAAUCUUCGUCUGAAGCUGGACAUUUGAAUUCAAGGGGAUUUUCUGGAGGCUUGAGGAGUUCUGAGAUUUGUACUCCCGAAAUGAAGACAUCAUAUGAUUGUGAAAACCCAAAGGAAUCUGAAUCACCUCGCUUUCAAGCUAUACUAAGGGUUACAAGUGCACCUAGAAAGAGAGAUCCUGCUGACAUCAAAAGUUUCUCCCAUGAACUAAACUCAAAAGGUGUACGGCCUUACCCGUUUUGGAAGCCUCGUGGCUUAAAUAACUUAGAGGAGGUUUUGGUGACCAUACGAGCAAAGUUUGACAGAGCAAAAGAAGAAGUUGACACCGAUCUGCAUACAUUUGCAGCGGAUCUGCUUGGCAUUCUUGAGAAGAAUUCAGAAAGUCAACCUGAAUGGCAGGAGUCUCUAGAGGAUUUGCUGGUCUUGGCUCAACGGUGUGCCAUGACGACCCCUGCAGAGUUUUGGUUGCAAUGUGAAGGCAUUGUUCAAGAGUUAGACGAUAGGCGUCAAGAACUUCCAAUGGGGAUUUUAAAACAACUUCACACCCGUAUGCUUUUCAUACUCACCAGAUGUACAAGAUUGUUACAGUUCCAUAAAGAAAGUGGAUUGGCGGAAGAUGAACUCGUUUUUCAGCUUCGAAAACCUCUGCAUUCUGCUGAUAAAAGCAUUCCUUCAAGCAUAAGACGGGAUGACAUCUCUAGUGCGUCUAGAGCUUCAAAACCAACGUCGACAAGGAAAUACUACAGUCAGGAACAACGUGGGACGCAUAACAUGGAUUGGAAGAAAGACCAGGCUCCUGUAGAAACCGGUAAGGAUUUAGACUCUCCUACAGGCAGAAAUCGAAUAUCAUCAUGGAAGAAACUGCCAUCCCCUGGAGGGAAAGUCCCGAAAGAAGUUGCUCCGGUAAUGGAACCUAGUAAUAACAAGCCCGAUGAUACUUCCAAGAUGCUGAAAGAGAGGAAAGUAGCUUCACUGGACCUUGCGUCUUCUAAAGAUUUGCAUGUACAACCCACCACUCAUUAUAAGCAUCAACAUAAAGCUUCAUGGGGGUGGGGGGAUCAAUCAAAUUAUGUGGAUGAAAGCUCGAUAAUUUGUCGUAUUUGUGAGGAAGAGGUCCCCACGUUACAGUUGGAAGAUCAUUCGAGAAUCUGCGCAAUUGCUGAUCGUUGUGAUCAGAAAGGUCUUCGUGUGGAUGACCGGUUGGUUAGGAUAUCUGAAACUCUUGAGAAGUUGAUGGAGUUGUUUACACAGAAGGAUUUGCAGCAUGCUGUUGGAAGCCCCGAUGGUGCUAAAUUAUCAAAUUCAAGUGUUACCGAGGAAUCAGAUAUUUUGUCACCAAAACUCAGUGAUUGGUCUCGAAGAGGAUCAGAGGACAUGCUUGAUUGUUUUCCAGAUGGUGAUAGUACAGUUUUUAUGGAUGAAAUGAAAGGUCUUCCAUCAAUGUCAUACAAAACUCGUUUCGGUCCUAAAUCUGAUCAAGGAAUGACAACGUCAUCUGCUGGUAGCGUCACUCCCAGGUCACCAUUGUUGACGCCUAGGACCAUCCAGAUAGACUUGUUGUCAGGAAAGGGUGCUUACUCGGAACACGAUGACCUUCCACAGAUGAAUGAACUUGCUGAUAUUGCUAGAUGUGCUGCAAAUACUCCUUUAGACGAUGAUCGUUCUCUACCAUAUUUGCUAACUUGUCUUGAAGACUUGAAAGUUGUCACUGACCGUAGAAAGUUUGAUGCUCUCACUGUUGAGACAUUUGGCACACGGAUAGAGAAGCUAAUCCGGGAGAAAUAUUUGCAGCUAUUUGAGUUGGUUGAUGAUGAAAAACUCGAUAUUACAAGUACUGUCAUUGAUGAAGAUGCUCCACUAGAUGAUGAUGUUGUACGUAGUCUUAGAACCAGCCCGGUGCAUUCAGGGAAAGAUCGUACUUCUAUAGAUGACUUUGAGAUUAUAAAACCAAUCAGUCGUGGAGCAUUCGGUCGUGUCUUUUUGGCAAAGAAGAGAACUACAGGGGAUCUUUUUGCUAUCAAGGUCCUCAAGAAGGCUGACAUGAUUCGCAAAAAUGCGGUCGAGAGUAUAUUGGCUGAGCGAGAUAUCUUGAUAUCAGUGCGGAAUCCUUUUGUGGUUCGUUUCUUCUAUUCUUUUACAUGUCGUGAAAAUCUGUACCUUGUUAUGGAAUAUUUGAAUGGUGGCGAUUUGUAUUCGUUGUUGAGAAAUCUAGGCUGCCUAGAUGAAGAUGUUGCUCGUGUAUAUAUUGCAGAAGUGGUGCUUGCUUUGGAAUAUCUUCAUUCUUUACGUGUGGUUCACCGUGACUUGAAACCAGAUAACUUGUUGAUUGCACAUGAUGGUCAUGUUAAGUUGACAGAUUUUGGGCUCUCCAAAGUUGGGCUGAUUAACAGUACAGAUGAUCUAUCUGGCCCAGCAGUUAGUGGCACAUCAUUAUUGGGAGAACAUGAAUCUCAAUCAUCUUUAUCUGAAGACCAGCUAGAAAGGCGCAAAAAGCGAUCUGCUGUUGGCACACCUGACUAUUUGGCGCCAGAGAUUCUUUUGGGAACCGGACAUGGCACGUCGGCAGACUGGUGGUCAGUUGGUGUUAUUCUAUUUGAGUUGAUUGUUGGCAUUCCUCCAUUCAAUGCUGAACAUCCUCAGACAAUAUUUGAUAAUAUUCUUAACCGUAAUAUACCAUGGCCAAUGGUACCUGAAGAGAUGAGUCCGGAAGCAGCAGACCUAAUUGAUCAAUUAUUAACAGAGGAUCCGAAUCAGAGACUUGGUGCCAGGGGAACUACUGAGGUGAAGCAACACCGAUUUUUCAGAGAUAUUAACUGGGAUACACUUGCACGGCAGAAGGCUGCAUUUGUCCCAUCUUUCGAGAGUGCACUAGACACGAGCUAUUUUACAAGUCGUUACACAUGGAACACCUCAGAGGAGCAUGGUUAUCCAGCAAGUGAAACAGAGGAUUCUAGUGACCAUGGUAGCAUGAGUGGUAGCAGUAGUUGCCGAAGUAAUCGCCAUGAUGAAGUGGUCGAUGAAUAUGGAGGUCCUACGGAACUUGGAUCGCCAUCUUGUGUCAAUGACUACUCUUUUAGUAAUUUCUCCUUUAAGAAUCUGUCCCAACUUGCUUCUAUCAAUUAUGAUUUGCUUACUAAAGGAUUGAAAGAAGAUCAGCUGACAACACCCAAUGUAUAAUUGUGCCACUGUAAAUAUAGAAGUAACUUAAAAUGGUCAAGAGCAUUGAUUUUACACACCGAAAGGGCGUCAAGGGCGUCUCUUGGGAACAGAAAACUAUUUAAUUGAAUUAAACGCAUGAGUUGAGAAAUACAAGUUAUGCCCUCCAAAUUUUGUGGUGUUUUCCUUGUUUGUAAAUAUAUCAUAGACCCCCAAUGUUUUUAUAAUGGAAUAUUUGUAGUUUUUUCUUUAUCUGUAAUUAUUGUAAACCCCCCAGUGUAUAUCGUUUUCAAAUGGUUAUGCAUCAUGUAAAUUUGAUCUGGCCUAAUAGAUAAGUUUUUCGUUA